AUGGAUGGCAGUAUAGGCCCUCCCCCGGGCGGCUCGCCGUCCGGGGGAGGGUCUCACACACAGCGAAGUCCUCCGCCGUCGCGGAGGGAGCUCGCCCCCUACGAGCUGUGGUCCAGGGACGAGGAAGCGGGCGCCGCCGUCGGGUUCAGGUGCGUCCACGACGUGCGGAGGCGGGUGUUCUACGCCAAGUUCGAGGCCAGGAACACCGAGCCCGACGCGCGCGGGAGCGAUUUGGAGCGCGCGACCAAGGGCGCGAUCACCACGCUGCUCGAUGUCGCGGAGGCCUGCCGGUCGCGCAAGAUCACCAUCGGGCUGGGCCCCGAGGACGCGGGCUCCGCGGAGCUCGUGUGCUCGUUGCUCUACCUGGGAUUCCAGGUUGUGCCAUCCCGGAAGUCUCCCCUGGUGGGUACAGCAUUGCUGUUGGACUUCGACAUCGGAUGGCCAAGCUUCCCAGGUGGCACUCUCUCGUCCGACUACACCUGCACCGCCACCUCCGAGUGCUCCACGUCUGCGGAGGAGGACGGCCUGCAGGACAACGGGACCGACAGCAGCUAG